AUCAAAAUGGGGUUUGACUAGAAUUUCGUGAUAUCUUCCAACACCUACGGCUGUGACUUGAGUGAUGUUCGACUUCGUAGGUUCUAAUCGAAACAUGUCCAAGCGCGACAUUUUCAACGAUGAUGAAGUCCGUCAAUUAGUUCUUGAUCUGCCACCCCAGCAUGAAGGAAGCACCGACAAUACUCUGAUUCCAUUAUCUUCGGGAACUGGUUUCACUACGAGAGACGCGCUUGCUAGAGCAUUUUCGCGUCUUAUCCAGGGCAAGUAUGGGAAGAUUCCAAUUGCCGCCAUCGGAAAUCAUCUUGAAGUCAGGCAAGAUGCCUUGCUUGAAACACUGCGAGGAAGAAAGGACUUCAUGCUUUCAAAGUCGAAGGAAGAUAUCAUUACCAGAUGCGAUCAAGAGCGCAUUCUUGAAGACUUAUAUGCAAAAGCUCAAUUGAAGUUCGUGUUAGCAAAAGAGUUUGCAGACCAAAAUGACCUUGACGUCCAAAGCGUGGAGAAACUUGUGAUACUUAGCGAAGAUAUCCACAACGAGUCUCCUCUGCAGUUGCUCGAUGCUCCCAAUCAAUCGAGAGCAAGAUCAUUGGAAGGUGGACAAUCUUACAUUCACGCAUUGAGCACCCUCCUCGAGUUAAGGAGAAGUGUCAUCGAGAAAGCCAUGAAUUCAAACACCGCUGCUCGGAUCGCGGUGUGGAAUACCAAUGAUAUGUACGGGCUGGACACCGCAACGUUCGGGAGACUUGCUCAGAAACUUGCUCAAGAAUUCAACGGCUCGGAACCUUUGUACGGGACUUUCGAAAUCGGCAAGGACGAGGUCCGCUAUAUCACGAAGAGUUAUCUUCUUCGAAAGGCCAAACGGUCCUUAAAGGAGGUCGCAAUCGGAGACGAAGCUUUUUGCGAUCUUGAGCAACUAGUCAAAAAGUAUCCGACUCUGCUCCCUGACAUUGAAGCGGCAAGACAACUGGCAGAAAGAGAGUGUCUACACAAAGACGGAUCCAGGUACAAGUGGCACUUUAUUUCACACUACGUAAUUGGUGAUGUUGGGUUGAAUAACACUGCCAAAAGAUGUCUUGAGACACUUGGGCCUCAGAGAUAUCUUAACACCCAGCCAUUCGUGCAAUCAUUUCCUGCGGAUAUUCGGAAAGACGUCUUGAAUCUCUUACAGAACCGAACCGUCGAACUUUGGCGUUAUUGCGGCGGCGUGGCGCCACUAGUCUUGGGCAUGGACGAGUGGCUUGUUCUGAAAUCCAUUAUCGGCGAUGUUGAAAUCGCUUCGAAAAGGUUGGGCCGCGAGUGUGCGGAUGAGAGCUGGAAGAAAGAAGCAGUGAAGCCAUGUCUAACACAGGAACCGGUCCUGGCAUCUUUCUUGAAGAAACUCGUGGAAGAGUCGGAUCUGCCAAUAGACCUUCUAUCACGAUUGUGGGAUGAUGAAAGAGUCAAGAUCAAGCCCAUAGCUACAAAGAGUUUUGAUGAGCGGAUCACCGAACUGAUUGCCGAGGAGCGAAGCCAACUCGAGUCUUUGUGGAUGUUGCGAGCGUAUCUACCAGCAAAACAGUACGAAAAUGCAUUGAAAGAUCUAGAACCUGGAUCAUUAAGAGAUCAACUACAGGACCUGCUUGCGAUACAUCUGACGCAAGAUCUUGUCCCUGCUACAGUAACUAAAAUUCGAACAAAAUCUUUACUUCAUGAUCAUACAAUUCAAAAAAAUGUAAGCAAACUGGAGUCUGUACUCUCUGCGGAGAAGAGAGAUACACCGAUCAUGAAGAGUUUGGACAAGUUUCACGAGAAGAUGGGCUUCGCUGCCGUGAAAUCUGAGGAUCUUGUUCAGACGCGCCAGCGACAACUGGAAGAUAUGGUACGAGGGAUGAAGGGAGACGAUGACGCGCCCCGCCUCUUCUUGACAAUGAUUAUAGUUAUGCUCGCAACACGAAAAGGAAAAGGAAUCGUAUAUGCCACCGGAAAGUUUGCACCACGUUUGCUAAAGCUUUUAAAGUCGGACCUUUCUGAUGAGCAGUACUCACAUCUUGAGAAGCUCAAACAUCUGAUCAAAUCUGGCAACGUGAACGACGAUGAUCGAGCUGAGAUUAGAAAGUUGACUAUAGAGGCUUUUGAAAGCAUUAGCCAUUUUUAAAGAAAAAGGUGUCCACCCAGAAAUAAAACGCAGUGACUUACUUGUUGAGCUCUGUGCUGAUGUAGGUGGUGGAGUCUGGCCUCGUGGAUCGCAAAGGAGACGGCAGUGAAGACCUUGCGUCGAGAGUAAAUUUAGAUCAGUCACAUCCUCUUUCCCGUGGUGUCUUUCAAAAGCAUGAAGCAUGUUUAUCUAUCUCUAAUCAAAACGUUAGGAUCUAUUCUUAUCGUCAUUUUUCUUAACGAC